AUGUCAACGACGGUUGUAGGCCAGAGGCCGGCUCCUCAUCGCCCUUUCCGCGGUUUAGUUCAAGUGGGCUACACUCCUUCACGAGCUACACCCCCAGCCACGCCUGUUGAUGCGACGACAACGCGUGAGGAGGCGCUUCUUGCAACUUCCGUCAAUGGAUGUAUUACUGGUGUCAGUCAUAUAAAACCUUUCUUCCUACCCCCUCGUGGUCAAGGAGAGGGAAAUCAUGGCUCUGUGGAGAAAGGUUUGGGCUACGGGGCAUUCGGAGUUGUUUGGUCAGUUAUCGAUCCACGUGAUGGUCAAAAAGUAGCACUCAAACGCAUACCACGGGUUUUUCAUAAUCCUAUUACAGCUAAACGUGUUCAUCGGGAAUUAAAAAUGCUCUCUUGUCUUAAACAUGAAAAUAUUGUAAAUUUAAUCGAUGUAGUCAAAUCGGAAAGUUAUUUGAAUUUCGAAGAAAUUUACUUUUUGUUCGAAUUAAUGCAAACGGAUCUGCACAAAAUUAUUGUCUCACCACAGCCAUUAUCUUUAGACCAUGUGAAAAUAUUUGUUUAUCAAAUAUUACGAGGUUUAAAAUAUCUUCAUUCAGCUCGGAUUAUACAUCGUGAUAUUAAACCAGGGAAUAUGUUGGUUAAUUCGAACUGUCUGCUAAAAAUAUGUGACUUUGGUUUGGCACGAAUUGAUGAUCCAUUUGGAGAGGCUGUUCUUACACAAGAGGUUGUUACACAAUAUUAUCGAUCACCGGAACUACUUAUGGAAGCAACGCGUUAUUCAUAUGCUGUAGAUAUUUGGAGUGUUGGAUGUACUUUUGCUGAAUUAUUAGGUCGACGUAUUCUAUUCCCAGCUCGAAGUCCUUUAGAACAAUUAGAAUUGAUUAUUAAUCUUACUGGAAGUCCUAGUCCUGGAGAUUUAGAAAGUUGUCAUCCAGAUGCAUGUUGUUUUGUACUUUCAUCAAGGUUACGUGAUCCCAAUCUUUCUAUUCUUUAUGCUCUUACACCUGAUGUGAAUGAAUUAACUGUUCAUCUAUUGGGUAGUAUGCUCAAAUUCAAUCCGCGUCAGCGCAUUUCUGCUACCGAUGCAUUAAAUCAUCCAUUUCUGGAAGAAGCACGUCUACGUUAUCAUUCAUGUAUGUGUUCUUGUUGUCAUGAUGUCACAUUGAACUCUGUCAAUGAUGAUAAUGUUCAAACAACAGCUGGAUUUUGUUGUGCUCCAUCAUCAUCAGCCUCAUCAUCAUGUGCUUCAUCAUCGACUCCGUCGUCUGAUUCAAUACAAAGUAUUAAUGGAAAAUGUUUGCAUAGAUAUGAAGCGAAAACUGCUGCUAAUGCUAUGCCAUCAGGUAGUGGGAAUUCAACAUUUUCUUCUAAUGCUACUACUACCAGUGGUCCUACACCUAGAAGACGUUAUUUUCAUGAUCUUGAUCCAAUUUGUUCAAUUCUACUUCCACUUGAUUUAGAUUCAGGAUUUCGUCGUCUCUCCGAUGCUAAACGUGUUUUAUGGGAUGGUAUACAAGAAUAUUAUCGUCGAGAUGAUCGGUUAACAAGGGUUGUGCUCAAUCGAAAUGCUGCUAAUUACAACAGUUUUAUUAAUUCUUCAGUUGCACAAGCCAAAGAAAUCCCUGCUAGUCAUCGUUGGCAUUAAUCGUCAAAACUAGGCAAUUACUCAUAACGGUUUAUCAAUAUACAUGUAUCAAGUCGAAAUUUGUAUGUAACCAUUUUGCAAGGUAUUUUAAUAAUAGAUGCUGUGUGUUUUUCUGAAAACGUGAUAUUUUUCUCAUCAAAAAAUCACACUGUUUGGUAAUUGUCUUCCAAUACUCUAUUAUACUACAACAGAAAAUCAAUAAUAUACAUAGAAGAAUGGUGCUUUCCUCCCUAUUGCCCAUUGUCCCCCACCUUCAUCUACUUCACAUCAAUUUUUGGCGAGAACAUAGGACACAGUAUGAAUAUGGGAAAACAUUGUCAGAAUACUCACCAUUUUAUUUACUGUCAUUUUUAUAUACAUCCAUUUGAUCGGAUUUAUAGUUGAUGACCCUCUGCUUUACAUCAUCAAUAUUGUUGUAAUUUCUUAAUAUGUCUUUUUAUUACUUACAAAAACAAACACUUGUUGUCAUUGUCUUAUUUUUAUUGCUUUUAUGCCUCCAUUUUAAUAAUUGUCUGAAAGUUUUUGUGCAAUUUCUUUUCGCUUGAAUUUUCUUAGGUUUAAUUUAUUUCCGUAUAUGUAUGAGUAUUAUUUUUAUGUGUUCUUUAAUAUUGUUUUUCAAACAAAACAUUAACUAUUGUUAGUUGUCUGUGCUGUGUUAGUUUGUGCUUUCGUUUAUCUCGUUCACCCAUCGACCCCACCUAACACGUUAUGUUAUUAUCACCAUGAUCGCCAUUUGUUCUUCGUUUUAUUUUUUUUUUCUUUGCAUCACAAACAAUCAACAAAGUUAUUUGAUUUGAUUUUUAAUUAAAAAGAGAAAGUGUUACACGUACCGAAACACAUAAACUCAUGCACACACAAACUUGCAUUCGCUUCUUACUAGUUUUAUAAUAAUCAUAUAGGCUUUAGUUCAUUAUUCAAUCAUGCCAAAAGAGCUUUCUUUAUUUUUUUUUCCUUUAUUUGUUUCACUCUAAUGUUGCAAUACUGUGUGUCUGUGUAUGACCCAUUCUUGUAUUUUUUUAGGUUAAACUAGUUUAAUAUUUAUUGACUUUCUUUAUCUCUCUCUAUGUGUAUGUAUAGGACAAUUUGACUCUAAUCAAAUCCAAGUACAUACACAAUACUUAGUUUCGUAUUAUUGAAGCAGGGAAAUACUUUUGAUUGCUUGUUUAUGAAGUUGGAAUUCCUGUUUCUUUCUCUCUUUCUGUGUAUGUGGGUGCAUCGUAGCUCAGGUCUGAACACAAAAAUUUGCACGAUUCAAAACUUUUCCACAAAGAAAAAAUAACUACUAAUUUCUUUUGUUAUAACAAGUAAUAUUCACCUCAUAUGAUGUUUUCAUGUUCAGGAUUAUUCAAUCAAAUCAGUAAAUGAGUACAAAUAUUCUAAACAGGUAGUUUUUUCUAUAAAAAGCACAAAUCCAUUUUUUUCGAUUAUCUCUUCUUUUGCUUACAUAACAUAAAUAUAUCAUGUACAACCAUUUAUUUAUUUAUUCAUAGUAUGUGUCUAACACUCAAUCGUAUUUCAUUCAAAUUAAUAAUCUCUAGUACACAAUAUACCUAUCUCAUGUCGCAUGCCCUUUAUUUUUAUUCAAAAUUUUACGAAUACAUUUUUACAAUAGGCGCCCAGUUAGUCAACUUCCAUCUGGUCUUCAUUUUGACUCUACCACUACUACUACUAAUACGUAUAAUAUUAUCAACAAUAUAAAUAUUAACAACGACUGUUUGUGUACUGUACUGCACUACUUAUCGUUAUUUCAAACCUAUAUGUUGAUGUUCUUUGAUAAUUACGACGAUGCAAUAUUGUAACUAUAUUUCGUAAUUAAUGGUUUGAUUGUUGCGUUAUGAUUAUUUUCUUGGCUUUUCAAUUUUUUAAAAUUAAUAAUCAUUUAACUAGGAACGUUGUCGUUAAAAACUGUGAAACUUUUUACACAUUGGCAAACUGUUUGGUCUUUCGAUAUUUAUAUUUCUUUCUUUACGCGAUCGGAUCGACUUCAGUGAUAUGGUUAUGUUUAUUGUUAUUACUACUAAUACUACAAUUGUUUUUAUGGCUACUACUACUACUACUACUCAUAUACAAUUAAUAACGGAGUUUAUUCAAUACUAAGGGAAGAAGUAAAUGUAAGGUAAUUUCAGCUGUAUCUCUCUCUCUUUCUGAAUUAAUCGUUGUGCAGGUUUUGCAUUUUGUUUUCUAUUUUUUUCGUUUGACUUUUUCUAAAUAAAAGAACUAGGUGGUUUUUCAUUUUUAUCUAUACGUAUACCUCCAAGUUUCUUCAUAUGUACUUCCCGUGCACUGUGUGUGUGCCACUGUGUGUUUAUGCGAAUCUUCUUUGACCGAGUUCAUUUCUUAUUUACUUGUUUAUUAAUCUCUGGAAUGUGUUGAAGGUCAACUAACCACGCAUGUCUUCAAUUUCACACCUUGCACUGCUACCUUGUACACACCACUCUUUUCUAGUAAAGUAGUAUGGAUUAAUCAAUCAUCAUUGUUAUCAUCAUUACUAUUAUACAUAUGUGUGAUUUAUGACUAGUUUUUUGCUAGAAAUGUUUUGAUGUUAUUUUUUUUCUUCCCCUUCUCCCACCUCUUCAUUCUCUUUUCUUAAUAUAAACGAUGUAGUUUACAGAGUAUUUUCUACUUUAUUUCUGUUUCGAACAUGUGUUGGUGAAAAAUGGAGAAAUAUUUCCUGUUAUUGUUCUUCUUUUACUUCACACACACACAUAGAGCCUUAUGAUGAUUACCAGUAUCAAAAUAUGUACAGUCGUAUACAUUACUUCUACUGCUAUACUACCUAUACACCAAUCUAGUUAGGAGUAAACCACUGAAUUUUUUUACAACUGAUGUUUUUUGAUAGUCAUUCUUUUUUUAAAAAAAUCUCGAUGUUGAUCAUGUGUAACAGUGUUCUCUGUGUGUACGUGUGUAUUUUACUCAUAAUUCUCAUUGUUGUUUUUGUUGUUAUUGCCUUUGUCAUAAGCUUUUUCUUAAAGAAUUUUUUCUGUGAAAUUCCUUGUACAGUUAUAAUAAUAAUAAUGGUGAAAGCCAAAAAUGAUUGCCACUACUG